AUGGCUGCAUUUGUACAGAGCUAUGGCUUGAAGCUUGUGGAUCGCAGCGGGAAAGACUUCGAUGCGCAGCAGCUUGCAACAUCAGAUGUUGUGGCCUUGUACUUCAGCGCUCACUGGUGUCCGCCAUGCAGGGGAUUUACGCCACUGCUGAAGAAAUUCUAUGAAACUCUUCAAUCACUCGGUGAGCAGUCCUUGAAGAUUAUCUUCGUAUCGAGCGAUCGUUCUGAAAAAGACAUGUGGCAGUACAUGUACGAAUCGCAUGGUGACUGGCUGGCGCUGAAGUACGACUGCACCGAGCUGAAGGAUCGUUUGUCCAGACAGUUCCAGGUCUCUGGGAUCCCGCAGUUGAUUGUCCUGGACAGCCUUGGCCGCCAGGCUGUCCGAGACGCUCGCGGGGAAGUCAUGGCAGCUGCCAGUGCAUCGUCCACGCAGAUCCUGACAAGCUUUUCUGGAUGGAAGACGGCCGCAGGCGUUUCUGCUCAGGUGGAUACAUCUCUUCAAAUUCUGCCGGGAACUCGCGUUCGGGUCCGGGCCCUUCAAGGUGCGCCCGAGAACAAUGGCUUGGAAGGCCUCGUGCAGAGUUUCGAUGCAUCGAAGCGGAGAUACGUGAUUCAGCUCGGUGAGAGGCAACUCUCGUUGAAGGCAGGCAACCUGUUGCAGCUUCUCAGCAUUAAGGUCCGUCGCGCUGACAAGGACCCCGAUGACGAAGAUGAGUGGCUGGAAGCUGUCAUUGUGGAUUUCGAUGACGCAACAGGCGAGUGCUUAUGUCGUCUGGCAUCGGAGGCUGAGGAUGCCGAGGCCCAGCCGCAGCGAAGAGAUCUUCACCAGCCGUCGCGAGCGCGGCUUGUGGCUGGCGCCAUCGUGACGGUGCAGGGCCUCCAGGCAGAGGAGUGGAACGAGAAGAAUGGAAAGGUCACAGAAUUCGAUGAGGAGCGACAGAGGUACCAAGUGCAAAUGUCUGGCAAAGCUUUGAAGGUCAAGCCCGAGAACCUGCGCUUGUGUCCUUUGGCGUCCUGA